ACCCAAAAUAUAGCAAACUUGCAUCCACGGAGCAGAAAGCCCAUGCCAUGCACCCCAUGCUCGGGGCGGUCAGGCCGUGGACAGGAGACAAUGAGUUUAUAAAGAGUCCUCCGAUAAUGCGGCCUUACCACGUUUUACCAAUGUUUGAACAUUUUCCAGUUCCUCUCGUUGACAUGGAGCUGUUCAGACCUGUCCCUGAGAGAAGGCACCUGCCCAACAUUUUAAACCGUCUUCUAAUUCCUCAAGUGGAUCAUCAGCGUAUCCAAGUGUCUCCUGUGCGUAAUACUCAUGGUGUGGAAGUGUGGUGUGGUUACAGUAAGGUUUCGGUGCGUUUGAAUAGGAGACUACUGGGCUUCAGAGGUUUGCCUUCUUCAUUUCACCUGGGAACAUGUUCUGUCUCUCGCUCGGACAAGAAAUUCUUAUAUUUCCACUACGACCUCAAUGAGUGCGGGGGCUCUUUAAAGGUGAUGAAUGGACAGAUUGUGUAUUCCAACAUUGUGCACUAUACACCAGAACCCCAGGGGAUAGUCAUCCGAGCUGUGCCACUUGCAUUAAACAUCCAGUGCUCAUACAAUAGAUUUCAUUAUUCCUACAAAAUAGGCUUCCUGCCCAUUGUGAACGAGCCCAUGUUCCACAAGACUUUUGAAAGCAGGGUCAAGUUUAGUCUUUUUGUGUGUAAUGAACACUGGGAAAAACUGGGGGAAAAAGGGAGUUUUGUGCUUGGGGAGCCCAUGUAUUUUGAAGCCAGUGCCGCUCAUACAUCCAAGGAUGAAAUGCUUUUCAUUGACUCCUGUUAUGUGACGGCUUCCAAUGCCCCGAGCUCCACUUCACGACACCAUGUGAUUCGCAAUUUUGGGUGUAUGGAGGACAGCAGAAGACAAGGAAGUCUGUCCCGCUUCCUCCUAAGACAAUCAAAUAUUCUUCGGUUUUCAGUUGAUGCCUUUUUACUCCCCCAAGUUACUGACAUGAACUUUUACCUACAUUGCAAAGUGUCCAUUCACAAUGUCACUACAAGUGCCACAGCAAAGUCCUGUACCUAUAACAAAGCAGAGAGAAGGUGGGAAGAAAUCUACACUGAUGCAUCUGUUUGUGCUUGUUGUGAUUCCACAUGUGACGUUGAAGAUACUUCUUCUUUGACUCAUGUCAUGCAAUCUCUGAUAACAAGCAAGCCCUGGAUUUUGGACCAGAAUCAACAACCUUUUAUCCUGACUAAGAAAGAAUUGGUCAAUAUUCAGGAGGGCACAAAUGAGGUUCAUGGAAUCAGUGAAGAGGAAGAGAAUAAUUACGCAGUGACUAAUGAUGCAGAACAGAUGGAAACAAAAAAGAAAGACAAAGAGAUGCUAAGAGAAUAUUUAAAUGAAGAGGUUGAAAUAAUUGCUGGAAAAGAGACAACUGGUGCAGAGUCGGAAAAUAAAGUGGCUUAUAGUGGAAAAGUGAUAUUUCUCAAGGAAAGAAAGGAAAAAAUGGAGAUGGAGGAGGGAGAUGCUGGGAGGUUCAAAAAUCAAAUUAAAACUGACUUGGUUGAAAAGUCCAAUGUUCAGUUAUUAAAAGGGUCAGUGGAAGAUGUUAACCAUGACAAAAGUUCCAAUAAGAGCCGACCAAAACAAAUGAAUCGCAUUUCCAGAGAAGAAAUGUCCAAGGAUAAAAUGCAGCCUGAGCAUUUUGAGAAGAACUUGCAUGUACAACGCGCAAUACAGCCACGAAUGCUGAUUGAUGAAGACAUGUUUUUAAAUGCCAAGCAAGAACCAAUAGAGUGGAAUGAAGAUAUAGAUUAACUUGAACCAUUGGGAAAGAAACUGGGGACUUACUAUCUUUUGGGCUUAUUCCAGUGUUUUUUGAAAUCUCCAAGGACCCUUGAUGGACUUGUCUUUGCAGUUGUCUCGGGGGAUAGAACUAUCUGCAUCCUUUCCUAAUGUUGGUAUCUUGCUUAUGAAUUUAUGAAUAUGUGCAUAAUGACAUGUCUGAAUUAAACAAGAUCAAUUCUGUGCACUGUUUGAGCUGCUCUUUCCAAAUUAUUUAAUAAUCU